UUCGUCCACCACCCCUUUUUUUCCUUUAGUCUUCGUUCUCCCCUUCUCCUAAACCACGAGAAGAAAAAGGCGAGAACCUCGCCGAAUCGGAGAUACUCGAAACCAAAGAUCGUAGGUUUUUUUUGGAUAUGGCGUCGAAGCGGAUCUUGAAGGAACUCAAGGAUCUCCAGAAGGAUCCACCCACCUCUUGUAGCGCAGGUGUGUGUUUAUGUGAUGUUUGGUUUGGAUCUGAAGCUAAAGUUGUUGACUUUACCUCAUGAAUAGCUCAAAACAUAGAUCUGGUUUGGUGUAGAUAGAUCUUGUAAUAAUUAUAUGUCUUGGAACUUGUUCAUUGUGUUGGUUGAUGAGAUCUGGUUUGAUACUUGUGAAAGAAAAAAAAGCUGAUCUCUUUGUGUGUAAGAUCUCAUCUUUUUGUAGAUUUGAUAUUGAGUUAAUAUGCGGUUUUUUUUUUUUUUUAUUACAGGACCUGUUGCUGAAGACAUGUUUCAUUGGCAGGCAACGAUAAUGGGUCCUUCAGACAGUCCUUACGCUGGUGGUGUUUUCCUUGUUACCAUUCAUUUCCCUCCAGAUUACCCUUUCAAACCUCCUAAGGUGGCCUUUAGGACGAAGGUGUUCCAUCCCAACAUCAACAGCAAUGGAAGCAUUUGCCUCGACAUCUUGAAGGAGCAAUGGAGUCCUGCCCUCACCAUUUCCAAGGUGCUGUUAUCGAUCUGUUCGUUGUUAACCGAUCCAAACCCGGAUGAUCCUUUGGUACCUGAGAUAGCUCAUAUGUACAAGACUGACAAGAACAAGUAUGAGUCCACUGCACGGAGCUGGACUCAGAAGUAUGCCAUGGGUUGA